AAGACUUUAAAUACUGAAAGUUAGUCGUAGGCACUAAAUAACAGAUAAGAUAUUGUUCCUUAUCUAGGGCAGAAGUAUGGAUAAAAGAAAUCAAUUGUUUGCUUAUUUACAUAUUUUCGCAUCCAUUCUGACGUCAUGUUUGGUUGCGUGCGCAGCUCACUCUUCUAUAAACGAGGUUGAAAGCCAAGUAAAAUGUACGUUCGACGCGGGUUUAUGCAGUUGGCACCAAUCUGUCAAUGACAAUUUUGAUUGGACAUUGAUAAGCGGAGAGACACCCACAACUAAUACUGGACCAUCCAAUGAUCACACUCUAGGAACGGCGGCAGGGAAGUAUAUAUUUAUCGAGACAUCUGCUCCUAGGAAGUUGAAUGAGAGAGCGGCAUUGAUGAGUCCCCUCAUAGACACGUGGAACCAUAACUAUAUGUGUUUUUCGAUGUGGUACUUUGCAUAUGGUUCGAAUAUUGGUGACCUAAGGAUCAUUUUGAAACAGUCAAAGUUUGUUAAUAAAACAGAAACGUUAUGGAUAAACAGUUUUCAGGGAUCCUUGUGGAAACAAACAACAGUGUCUAUUUUACCUACUGGUCCGUUUCAGAUAAUCAUAGAAGGCACGGUAGGAAGUGGUUACCUUGGUGACAUAGCUGUUGAUGAUGUUGCAGUAACAGGAGGGAAAUGUUCAAAUGGAACGUCGGGUACGAAUCCAUCUCCAGUAGGAUGAAUAUUUACAAAUUUGCAAUGUUGUCAAUACCCUUAUAAUAAGUGAUCACAUAAAAAGCAGAAUUGUU